GGGACCGAACCCAGGGCCUUGCGCUUGCUAGGCAAGCGCUCUACCACUGAGCUAAAUCCCUAACCCCCCAUGAUCUUUUCUUAAUAAAGUUAUUAUCAUUGGGGUCCACAAGUUGGCUCACAAACCACCAAUCUCAGUCAGUCAAUAGUUUAUUGAGCAUUUGCCCCGGGACCGAUUGAUUAACUCAUAGACUAGAGGUGAUUUCGACCCUGAGCCAGGAUCCUACAGAGCUCUGAAAUUCACAAACAUCUGUGCCAAGUUAUUUCACCAAUCAGGAUUUAGGGAAGGGAAUUCCUUAGGAAUAUGUCUCUGCUGUACAUUUACCGCGUCCCCAUUGGUUGAGUUACUAGACUGUGGUGGGGGGCCUUGACUUGUCUAGCAUGUCCCAACUUGUCAACCAGGAUGUCAGUUGCCCACAUACAUAUCUCUUUCUGUCAAGUAGAAUGUCAAUUCCCAGGGAGGUCUUGGGAACUUAAAACUUUAUUCAAUCCCCAUUCAAAAUGGAAGUCUUAUUUCAAAAAGCUUCUUAUAUUGGUGCAGGUGUCUCUCUUAUGUUGGGGUCCAUCUCAGGGGCAGCUUAUAAAGACAAAACUGGUAAAAGCUCACACACAGGCACAGGAAGUGGUGCUGGGCAGUUGGUUCCGGUCCAAGCCUAUUGUGGCUAACUAGACCAAACGGUUCUAACUGACCUCUACUGUGAUUGGUUUCCAAGAACACUAACGCAUAGAAGAUAACAGACUACGCAAUCACCUCUGGCAUGAGAAAGCUUCCUACAACAUGAGUGGAAACAAGAAUCCACGAGUUGUAAGAAAAUGGCAGAUGAGCCGGACAUGGGGGAAAUCACCAGCUUCGAUAAGGCCAAGCUGAAGAAAACUGAGACGCAGGAGAAGAACACCCUGUGGACCAAAGAGACCAUUGAACAAGAAAAGAGGAGUGAAAUCUCCUAAAAGCCUAGGAAGAUUUCUCCACCCCACUCCUUCAUCUCCAAGCCCCCCUCGUGAUGUGGAGGAAGAACCACCUGCAAGAUGGACGUGAGCCACAAGCUGCACUGUGAACCCGGGCACUCCGCGCCAAUGCCACCUGCCCCUGGGUCUCUGAAGGGGACCUCCCCCCAACACAACACACACACACACACACACACACACACACACACACACACACAUUGAACUGCCAAAUUUCACUAGUUUACCAUGGGAUGUUAUAGAAAAGUAUUUGUAUGAUUGAUGAAAAUAAAAAUAAAACACACUUCACAGCAAAAAAAAAAAAAUAAAUGGUUUUAUUACAUCGUUUUCACACUCCUAUGAUGUCCCCCACCCUGCAAUUCUUGCAAUC